CAAACACAGUUUAAUCCAGAAUCAUUAGCAUCUAUGGUUUGCUGUUGUCAUAGACACUAUGACAAUUUUAGUAUAUUUUUUUGUUUUGCUAUUUUCUGGAACAACUUAUGGCCAAGAGAAAACAUAUGUGCUAACAGCACCAAAGAUCUUCCGAGUUGGGGCAUCUGAGAAAGUUGUAGUGCAAGCUUUUGGUUAUGAGAAGGAAUUUCCAGUCAAUAUUGCCUUAAGAAGCUUUCCAGAUAAGCUUGCUGUUUAUUCUUCUGGCCAUAUUUCUUUAACUCCAGCCAACAAAUUCCAAGAUGCUGUAACUUUAACACUUCAGCCAACAGAUUUACCAAGAACAGAGGAUUCAGUCAAAUAUGUGUAUUUGGAAGCCGUUUCUCCACAUUUUACAAGAUUAAAAAAAAUGCGUGUUUCCUAUGAGAAUGGAUUUCUUUUUAUUCAUACAGACAAACCAGUUUAUACUCCUGAUCAGUCAGUGAAAGUCAGGGUUUACUCCCUGAAUGAAGAACUGCAGCCAGCUCGGCGAGAAACUGUCCUAACGUUUGUGGAUCCUGAAGGAGUAAAAGUGGAUAUUGUAGAAGAAGAUGAUUUUACUGGAAUAGUUUCUUUUCCUGACUUCAAGAUUCCUCCUAAUCCUAAGUAUGGAAUUUGGAAGAUUGAAGCCAAGUAUAAGAAGAAUUUCAUAACCUCAGCUGUUGCAAAAUUUGAAGUUAAGGAAUAUGCAAUGCCAAGCUUUUCCAUCCUCAUAGAGCCAGAAAGCAACUUUAUUAGUUCUGAUAAAUUUGAGAACUUCAGGAUUGUUGUGAAAGCUAGCUAUUUUUAUAAUAAGAGGCUUGCAAGUGCUGAUGUUUUUCUUCGUUUUGGAAUAAUUGAAGAAAAUGAAAAAAGAAUGAUGCCUCGUGCAAUGCAUGUAACUAGGAUUGAAAAUGGUGUUGCUGAGAUAAAUUUUAAUUGUAAGAAAGCAGUGAGUUUUAUAGGGUUUCAAAGUCUAGAAGAAUUGGAUGGGUCCUAUUUAUAUAUUGUGGCAUCAGUGUUGGAGUCUACAGGUGGCCUCAGUAGUGAAGCAGAAUUUGCUGGAGUCAAAUUUGCUGUGUCUCCUUACAAAUUGAGUUUGAUUGCUACUCCUCUCUUUGUGAAGCCUGGACUUCCGUUCUUCAUUAAGGUGCAGGUGAAAGAUACAGUAGACGACUUUGUUGGAAACAUCCCUGUAACUGUCACUGCAAAAUCAUUUAGUGAGCAAAUGGCUGAGACUGAGUUGAUAUCAGAGGGUUCAGAAUCUGGGAAAAGAAAAACAAGCAUGAAUGAUGGAACUGCUUUGUUUGUUGUUAAUAUCCCAUCUGAUAGCAAAACAUUGGAGUUUCAAGUAAAAACUGCAGAUCCACAUCUUUCAGAUGAAAACCAAGCAAGUAAAACCUAUGAAGCAAAAGCUUAUUCAUCAUUAAGUCAGAGUUAUCUAUAUAUUGACUGGGCUUCAAACCACAAAAUACUAGAAGUAGGGGAUUUCAUAAAUAUUAAUGUAUAUCCACAUAGUCGGUAUAUUCAUAAAAUACAUCACUACAGCUAUUUGAUCACAUCAAAGGGGAAAAUAGUAAGCUUUGGAACUCAGAAGAGAAUCAAGGAUUUGGAAUAUGAACAUCUAACUUUUCAGAUCACCCAAGAAAUGGUUCCUUCGGCACGUCUUAUUGUUUACUACAUAGUCAUGGGAGAAGAAACUGCCGAGUUAGUAGCUGAUUCAGUUUGGCUGAAUGUGCAACAGAAAUGUGGGAAUAGUCUUGAUAUUAAGCUACAAUCAAGCAAAGAGAUACUGAAUCCAGCACAAGUUGUAUCACUUAGCAUGAAAACGCAAUUCGACUCCUUUGUGGCUUUGUCAUCUAUUGACAAGGCAGUAUAUGGAGUCGCGGGAAGAGGAAAGAGAGCAAUGGAAAAAAUAAUGCUACGUUUGGAAAAGAGCGACCUUGGGUGUGGUGCUGGAGGAGGACGGAACAAUGUUGAUGUAUUUCGAAUGGCUGGGCUUACAUUUUUAACCAAUGCAAAUGCUGAUGAUUCCAAUGAAGCAGAUGAAACUUGCAAUGAAGUUUUAAGAACCAAACGGUUGGACUUCAAGGAGCGCAUACUCAAAGAAGCAUCCAAGUACGUACAGCCAGAAAUUCGAAGAUGCUGUAUGGCUGGAGUAAAAGCAUAUCCGGUCAGUGAGACUUGCAAUGAUAGAGCUCAGCGAAUUCGCAAAAGUAAAAUGUGCAUUGCUGCAUUCAGAGAUUGCUGUGAAUUUGCAAACAGACUGCGGGAGGAAGAGCCCAAUAAACUUCUAAUAUUGGCAAGAAUGCAUUUUGAGGCUUUCUUGGAACUGGAUGAGGCAGAAGUUCGUAGCUACUUCCCUGAAAGCUGGUUAUGGGAAGUUCACCAAGUUUCUCCAAGGUCAAAGACUCUGUCUAUCACCUUGCCUGAUUCACUGACUACCUGGGAAGUACAAGGUGUUGGCAUUUCUGAUAAAGGUAUAUGUGUUGCUGCGCCGCUGGAAGUGCCAGUUGUAAAAGAUGUCUUCCUGAGCAUUUAUGUUCCUUAUUCUGUGGUGCGAGGAGAACAAAUUGAGCUAAAAGGAUCAGUUUAUAACUACAAAGCUUCUGCAAUUAAGUUCUGUGUUAAAAUAGCAGCUGGAAAUGGAAUCUGUUCUUUUGGAGAUUCUGCAACUACUGGAUCGAGGAUGCACAAUUGUAAUUUUAAGAAUCUAGAUGGCAGUUCUUUGUCACCGGUUACAUUCAGAAUACUUCCUUUGGAAUUAGGUCUUCACACUAUCAACUUUACCUUGCUGACAGCCAAGAACAGUGAAACUGUAGUUAAAACAUUACGCGUAAUGCCAGAAGGUAUUAAGAAAGAACUUAAUGCGGGUUUCACUUUGGAUCCACAGGGUGUUUAUGGUUCAAUCAAGAGACGACAAGAAUUUCGAUAUAAAAUCCCACUAAAUCUGGUCCCUAAAACAAAAAUUGAUAGAAGUGUCAGUGUAAAAGGACAUCUUAUGGGUGAAGUGAUUGCCACAGUCCUCAGUCCUAGUGGUCUUAGUGUUCUUACUAAUCUGCCAAAGGGCAGUGCAGAGGCAGAAUUUAUGAGUAUCGCCCCAGUAUUUUAUGUGUUUCGCUACUUGGAAGAAUCAAAUAACUGGCAUGUACUAGGUCCUGAGACCUUAACUGCAAGGACUCAAAUGAGGAGGAAAAUGAAAGAAGGAAUUGUAAGCAUCUUGUCAUUCAGAAAUUCUGACUUCUCAUAUAGCGUGUGGAAGGAUGGGCAAGCUAGCACAUGGUUGACAGCUUUUGCUUUAAAGAUUCUCGGACAAGUUAAUCAAUAUAUAAAUCUUGAUGAAAUUUCUAUUUGUAAUUCACUUCUGUGGUUGAUUGAUAACUGUCAAAUGCCAGAUGGGUCAUUCAGUGAAUUUGCAGAUUACCAGCCAGUGAAACUACAGGGUACACUACCCAGAGAAGCUAAAGAACAAUCUUUGUAUCUCACAGCAUUUUCUGUUAUUGGAAUUGAAAAGUCAAUUAAAAUAUGUCCUACUCAGAAAAUCCAUGAUGCUAAAAAUAAAGCAGGAGAUUAUUUAAUGAAAAAUGUGCGGUCUGCUCAAAGCCCCUUUACUAUGGCAAUAACUUCAUAUGCUUUAGCUCUUGUGGAUUUGAACCAUCCCACUGCACGAUCGGCAUUCUUGGCACUGAAGAAGGAAGCAUCUGUCAUAGGUGACCCUCCUAUUUAUCGUUUUUGGAAAGAUACUUUGAAAACACUAGACCAACACACUCCCAGCUCUGCUACUGCACAAAUGGUUGAAACUACAGCAUAUGCCUUGCUUACUACCUUGCUAAGAGGGGACAAAAACUAUGCCAAUCCAAUCAUCAAAUGGUUGUCUGAAGAACAAAGAUAUGGUGGAGGAUUUUAUUCAACUCAGGACACAAUUAAUGCCCUUGAGGCCUUGACUGAAUAUUCCCUUCUUGUCAAACGGCUUGAUUUGGACAUGAGUGUUAAGGUGGCAUACAAAAACUAUGGAGACCUUCAUCUAUUUAAACUGACAGAAGAUAAUUUUGUGGGAAGUACUAUGACAGUACCUUUGGAUGAUGACAUAUAUGUAAGCACUGGAAGCAGCACUGGCAUAGCUACAGUGAAUGUGAGGACAGUGUAUAACACAAUUGGUACUUCUGAAGAGUCGUGUAACUUCAAAUUGAAGAUUGUUCCAAAGAGAGACGACGGUUACAGAAAAGAAGAUGGGGAGCCACUUGGGCGCUUAGAGGCUUGUGCAAAGUACAGGCCUGGCGCGAGAGAACCACAAUCAGGGUCUGCUCAUGCUGUGAUGGACAUAGGUUUGGUUAGUGGGUUGGAAGCAAAUAGAGAAGACUUAUCUACUCUUGCAAGUGGAGUCGAUCAGUUGAUAGCAGAUUAUGAGAUUAAAGAUGGGCAUGUUAUUCUGCAGAUAGACUCUGUGCCGGCUGAUAAUUUUCUCUGUGUUGAGUUCCGAAUAGGUGAGCUUUUCCAGGUUGGAAUGCUAAAUCCUGCCACAUUCACUGUAUACGAAUAUCACGCACCAGAUAAAAGGUGCACUAUAUUUUAUAAUCCCUAUGGAAAUGAAAAGCUGGUGAGAUUGUGUGAAGGAGAUGAAUGCAAAUGCAUGGAAGCCGAGUGUAGUAAAGUGCAAGAGAGACUAGAUCGGUCAAUAACUGCAGAUACCAGGAGAGAAGCUGCAUGCCAGAAUGAUAUUGCAUAUGUUUAUAAAGUGAACAUCUUGUCUCGCAGUGAAGAAGGUUCUUUCGUAAAGUAUUCUGCAGCUCUUCUGGACCUCUAUAAAAGAGGACAGGCUUUUGCAAAAAAAAAUGAUGAAAUAACCUUUAUUAAAAAGAAGACCUGUACAGAUGUUGAAUUGAGCCCAGGGGAGCAGUAUUUGAUCAUGGGAAAAGAAGCCUUAAAGAUAAGCGUUGGUUACAAUUUCAAAUUCCAGUACCCUUUGGACUCCAGCACUUGGAUUGAGUGGUGGCCUUCAAAUACAGCGUGUACAUUUUGUCAGGAGUUUUUAAAUACAAUGGAAGAUUUUGCCGAAGAUCUCAUCAUCAGUGGCUGUUGAUUUACUUGGACAAUUUUAAAAUUAAAGAUACAGAUCAAUUAAAUGUCAUAUAUGUAAAAAAAGUCACCUGUUUAGUAAUUCUUUCCCGAACUUAACAUUCAUUAAUAGUUCAUCUUGAAAAAAUGGUCUUUGGUUGUAUUUCAUAGCCACGUUCUUAUAACAUAGUAACGUUCAAGUUAUGAUUUUUAAGCUUGGAUGGGAGAAUAAUGCAGAAUACUGCAAAGACAUCUGAAGUCAGAUGAAGUGGAUUGACUGUAAAAACAAACAUGUAAAGUACUGGCUUGUGCCAGAAUAACACUCAGCAGCAUUAAAAUCUGAUGUCUUAUUGAAACAUAACCCUUCCUUCAAAAAAAAAAAAAAAAAAAAAAAGAUGUUAAAAAACAGUCAGGAACACCUUAACUGUACUUGGUGGAAUUUCAGUUGUGAAGUAAUGCUUAUAUGUGUUGAAGAUACUCUCCUUUGCAGAGCAUUUUACUUAUCUCCAGAUAAGUAAAACAUUCAAUAGGAAGCUUUUUAAAAUAUUACUUGUGUAUGAAAGAGAGAACUUACUUUCAUUACAAGUUUGUUGAAUCUGUACAGGCAGUUAUUAUUUGUCAAGUGGCAGUAGUAUAUUUAGAGGAUUAAUAGUGUUUUCUAAGCAAUUUUUUUGAGAAGAGCCAACAGAAUGAUUUGGACAUACCAUGACAGUUUCUCUGAUGAAACAAAAAGCAUUUUUCUGAAGUGUGGCAUAGGUAUGCUGCAAAAGCAAAGAUAUUUUUCAUAAAAACCUUGAUAUUUUACAAAUAAUGAAGUCACACAAUAACUUUCCACUCAUCUCAAACUUAGGAAGAUCUUAAGGGGUGUGUUAGUUUACUUAAGGAUUUUUUUGCAAAGUCUGUUAUGUAUAUUAAACCAACUUGGACAGUCUGCUACCCUGUCUUCCUUGCUCAUGUUAGAAGAGUGCUAAUUGUUUUGCUUAUAUGUCACCUCCAAAUCAGGCCUGUUAUGAGGAAAAAAUUGAUGUGCUUCUCCUUUAUAAGAGGUAUUUUUUAAUUAAUACCAAUAUUCAGAAUGCAGUAACUAUUCUGUAAUUUGUAAAAGUGGAACUGCUGGUGAUAUAUUUCUCUGCAAAACUAUUAUCAAGAAUAUGUCAUCUUUUCUUGAUUUUUAGAUUUCAAAAGUAAAAAUUAUAUCCUCUUGCAGCUGAUUCGGUCUCUAAAUAAUAUGAGAAAAAUCCCGUCGCACUAAUAUAAAUGUUGUUAGUCUAAGGUUAAAAGAAGGCAGGGUUAAACCGAGUAUUAAAAAGAAGAGAGCCACGCUGCUACAAUGAAGAAACAAGCAUGUGAUACAGGGGAAUCCCACUGUGAGAGAGAUUAAAUCUAGUGUUUCCCCUUGCUGCUGAUGUGAUAAGAAUUUCAGUCAUUAACCAGUUUGGAUUAUCUUAACAUCUGCAGUUUAACUACAAGUAGAACAGCAAAACCAGUGAUGCCUUUAGACUGAAGUUUUCAGUUUCUCUUCAUAAGAGAACAUACUACAGCACCUCUGUUUGGAAGAUCUGGUGUCAAGCGUCAGUGCAUAAGCCAUGAGUAGCUCACAUGCUUCUGAAGGACCUAUGGAAAAGGACACAAAUAAUUCUUCUUCCAUAUACAUUUGUCCUCCGUGCAUAAUGUUUCCGCAGAAUCCAGCACAGAUACCACGUGGGCACAGUUACUGUAUGUCCUGUGUCAUCUGGUUAUUAAGGUAAUUCUAUUAUACAAAACAAUGGUAUUAAAUAUUUCCAGUAUUCGUCAGUUAUAGAAUCAUAGAAUAGUCUGAGUUGGAAGGCCAUCUAGUCCAAGCCCCCUGCCAUGAGCAGGGACAUCUUCAACUAGAUUAGGCUGCUCAGAGCCCCGUCCAACUGACCAAAUGACCCUCAGUGUUUCAUCAUCCUCAUUGUAAAAAAUUUCUUCCUUACAUGUAGUCUAAAUCUUACCUCUUUUAGUUUAAAGCCAUUACCCAUUGUCCUAUCGCAACAGGCCCUGCUAAAAAGUUUGUCCCUGUCUUUUCUGUCGGCCCCCUUUAAGUUCUGGAAGGCUGCAAUAAGGUCUCCCUGGAGCAACAAUCCCAACUCUGUCAGCAGGGUCCUGCAUGUGGCGCCCCAGACAUCAGAAGGACAUGGACCUGUUGGAGCGAGUCCAGAGGAGGCCCCAGAGAUGAUACGAGGGCUGGAGCCCCUCUGCUGUGAGGACAGGCUGAGAGAGCUGGGGGGGUUCAGCCUGGAGAAGAGAAGGCUUUGGGGAGACCUCAGAGCCCCUUCCAGUAUCUGAAGGGGGCCUAUAAGAAAGCUGGAGAGGGACUUGACUUUUUACAAGGGCAUGUAGUACAAGAACAAGGGGUAAUGGCUUCAAAGUAGAAGAGGGUAGAUUUAGUUUCGAUAUCAGAAAGAAAUUUUUCACUCUAAGGGUGGUGAGCCCCUGGCCCAGGGUGCCCAGAGAAGCUGUGGCUGCCCCAUCCCUGGAGGGGUUCAAGGCCAGGUUGGACGGGGCUUGGAGCAACCUGGGCUGGUGGGAGGUGUCCCUGCCCAGGACACAGUGGUUGGAACUAGAUGAUCUUUAAGGUCCCUUCCAACUCAAACCAUUCUAUGAUUCUGUUUGUACAGCUUUGUAAAUAUAUGCAGCCACUUCAUAUGCUCUCUGUGAAAGAAAUUAUUUUAUCACCUAGAUUUUCCUUUUGUACCUUUUUUUUUUUAAUUCCUGCAUUGCCAUUCCCGACACUAUCUGAUGCUAUUUUUAUGCUCUGCUUUCUUGUUUAAAAAAAAAAUCCUAAAUAAUAUGCGUGCCAUUCGUUAUUUGUAUUUUAAGAAACAGUGGACUGAACCAAUGUCUACUGUAACUGAGGCAGAUUUACAACAAAUGUUACUUUGGUAUUUGAUGACUGACAUUGACAGUUAAAAAGCUUGCCUUCCCUCCAGGAAAGUGGCAGAUGAAGGGCCAAAUUUUCUUCUCAUAGCUCCUGGCACAGAUCAGCUUGGUUCCCAGUAAACCGAGAAGCGAGUUUGAUACAAAGUACAGUUGCACACAUUUUUAUUUUUAUUGAAUAGUUGCCCAAAAGCAGCACAUCCAAGAACUUUAAAAUUACUGUUUUCCCUCUCUCUUAGGAACAUCCUUGAUCCAGAGUGUUUAAUAUGUGGAAAGAAGAUAGUCACAGAUGAUGCAAUUUUUAAUUUUGGCUCUGUAAUUUUUUUUUUUAAUCCUCCAAACUUUUCUAAGAAGCGUAAGACGAUAAACUGUAUACAAUAAUAACUGGACAUAAACUCAAACUGCAGAUUUAUGCUUAGUGAGGUAGUCUAGCAGCCCACCUUUAAACACUUCUGCUUCUGAACUGUACAAUAUUGUUAUGAGGGUCACUGUGUAUCAUGAGCCCUAGUUAUCUCUCAAGGGUGAUACAUCUUAUAAACCCCUGUUUCUUGCAUCUAAUUAUAAACACAGAGAUAUUGAUUCAAGUAUCCCUGGUAAGGUGGAACUUGAAGAUUUCUUUAAAGCACAAUGGUGUCAUUGUAUGAAAAAGAUCAAAUUAUAUUCCGAUGUUGUAACCGUGGGUCACACUUCUAAGAUAUCAGUUAGUUAAAAUAAUUCCCAUAGCAGGGCCAAAUGCAUUUUCCUAUUAACUGCUAAUGGCAAAGCAGAGACAUCUGAAAGACUGCUGACUUUAUCAAGCAGUCUUAAAAUAGAUGAAAUCACAGAGACAGAUAUGUUCUUCAUGGGUUGUGCAAAACAAACCUUAGGUCCUGUUAGCUUAUUCAGAAGUGUAAUUUUUGAAAUGUAAAUUACACUUUAGAAACUUUAAAUGACAAGGGGCAUGUCUUAUUUUCACAGGUGACUUGUGAAAUUUAAGUUCUAUUGAUUUUUAGUGAGACAGACUACAAAAAGGCUGUAUUGCUCCUGAAGACCUGGGAACCUAAUUUAAAAAUUACGUAUAAAAAUGCUGCACUUAAAUAUCAAAUU